AUGGCCUCCGACGCACCUCGAUCGCGCGCGUCAGGUAGCGCCGGUCUGUCCUACCACACUUCUGCAUACUGGAACGACCGCUUCACCACCGACCCGCGCGAGCAGUCCGGCUUUGAAUGGCUCUCCCCCUCGACGUCGCUGCUCGGGCUUCUCACGUCCGAACCCACCCUUCUCACGCGCACGCCGCCGAUACGCAUUCUUCAUAUCGGCGUAGGGACCUCACAGCUGUCGCUCGACCUCGUGCGGUAUUGGCGCGAGACGACGCCGGGUGACUGGAAGGAUCGCGCGCGGCAAAUCGUCAAUGUCGACUUUGCCGAGCGGAGUGUUGAGUUUCAACGAUGGGCUGAGCGAGCGUUCCUGGAAGAGAUCGGCGAGCAAGAGGAGCAGCUGAUGCAGUAUGAGGUGAUGGACCUGCUCGACUGGAGCCAGGUGGAAGCGGUACUGGGGAAGGGGAAGCUGUUCGAUGUCGUGUUGGACAAGAGCACGACCGAUUCGAUAUCCACUGGGGACGAUGUGCCUUUCACCUCGCUGGCAGUGCCGACAGAGGCGCACCCAGCACUUACAGCCUUGGUCAACGCCCGUGUAGCCUCAACAGCGGGCGGAGUCGCGACGACGCAGGUUCUGGGCGUUCAUCUCGGCGCGCUCGUCAAACCGGGUGGGCUGUGGCUCUGUCACAGCUACAAUGCGGACCGUUGGGACGACAUUAUGACCGGUUCAGAGGCAAGCACGGAAGAGCAAGUCGAGGCGUGGCCCUGGACACUGGUCAACAAGACCCCAGUGCCGGUCCAAGCAUCCGACCCGAACGCACCGCAGAUCAACCACUACAUAUACACCAUGCAACGCAGAUGA